CAUCAUUAAAUCAAUCUCCCUCCCAACUUUGGCCACCUUGAGGCUUGGAUUGGGGUUUUCUCCUUAGCUACCACCGCGCCGCCCAGCCGGCACCUUGAUACAGGCUUUCUGCGCGUCUCUGCGUGCUUAUCCAAAGUAAUUGCUCGCAAUAGCAGCACACUAGCACUUCGGGUACCAUCUGGGAGCAAACUCCGAAUGGAAAGGACAUGGAAUUAAAACGUAAAUAAAAGCCCACAACACGGGAGGGUGGUAGCGGAGACGGAGCCCGAGAACGAACGAACAUAUGUUGUUGGCCCCGGGAACAGGAAGUUAUUCCCUGAAAUCGGGACGGGACGGCAGCGUAAACAAAACUUUUUGUCAGCCUUUUCGAGGGAGAUACAUUGGGCGCCCGCACGCCACACGCUAUACAGCGACUAGAGGGAGAGCCGAUGGAGAAAAUUAACUUUUUUGUCACGCUCGAAUGGUGCCCCACAGCCCGGCAGCGACCACGUCGCGUUUAGAUCUGGUGGUGGUGGUGGUGGUGGUGGAAUGAUACGAUGUAAAGAAACUUUUUCACUCACUGCUAUUUGCGAGUUCGAUUGCCUUUCAAAUGAAAUGCGGUGCGGGAAAACAACGUACCACACAACAGCAGCAACAACGAUAGCAACGACGACAACGACUACUACGACUACUACGACGACGACGACGACGACAAACGGAAACAGGAAAUGGAGCAAGUGCUUUGGUGUGACUAUAGGAACUUGGGGCCAUGCUGGGGACGGUGAAAUCGGUUACUUUUACGUUUGUGUGUGUUUUUCAUAUGUGUGUUGUGUGUGUGUGUGUGUGUGUGCUGUUUGUGUGUGCGUCUAUUUGGAGUGCUCCGUUUGUGUGGCUUUCGAUUGCAUUAAAAAUAUUCCAAUCGGACACUCUCUCUCUCUGUCUCUCUGUCUCUCUCCCUUUUCGCUAUUUCUAUCUUUAAAGCCAGCUACAAGCUCGGCUACACAUGGGACGUAGAUGGUGGUAUGCUCACGGCAAUGAAGCGUGAGACCGGCAAAAAGACAUAACUUCAUUUGAGAAAUGAAGAAACUCGGUGUAAAAGAAGCAAGGGAAGCGGCUAUGAAAUAGUGACAAUUCGCGGCUAUAGAGCAACGGCAUACGGAUGGGGCCACACCAUUCAAAUAACCGCAUUCGAGAACCGCACACAAAGUUCGUGCUGUCGAAUGCAGCAAAGCGCAACGAACGCUCAACGGGGAGACAGAAAACAAAACGAAAGAUUUUCUAAUGGAGGCGCCUGGUGGCUGAGACGGCGUCUGGACAACACACUCGUCUUGUCAUGCAUUUUUUCCUCAAUCAGACAUUAUAUUUAAAUAGCAAGUGUUUAAAUCCUUGCCUGCCCCCUUCAGUGCAGACCUGUUGCCUGUUGCUUCCUGUGCAGAAGUGCUUCUCGCCCCGAAGGGGCCGCGCGGCGCGACAAAGUAAACGACAAAAGACACAUUUUUCUUAAUCUUUUAAAAAGGAUUUUUCGUUACUAUGCAUUAGUGUAUUUCUAUUAGUGUUUAUUUAAAAUCGUAAAAAAGCAAUCAACGGAAACACCCCCGAAAAAACAUUAUACUAUUUCAAGUUACUCUUUCUUACGAUUUCUUUUCAAGUUGCAAUUCGUUGUCUUCGCACUUCGAAGUCUGUUAGCGUGUUUUUGGUGGGUUAGUGUCGCUAAUCUUGUUCAUUUUUUUUUCUGUUCGUCCUUCUGUUCUUUUCUUUCUCUCUCUCUCUCUCUCUAUCUACGUAUCAAUAUGUGGCGUGUGAUUCGUCUGUUAUGUAUGUUCAAACCAAGAACCAACUAGAUCAUAUAUUAUAUUGUCGUAUUGUUUAAGUUCGUUAGACCUAUGUUUUACCCAUUUAUUUGUACUUAGUUCUGCGUUUAGUUCGUUCUUUAUGAGUUUAGAGUUAUCAUUUGCGCUGCCGUCAGUGCUUAUUAAGGAUUCAGUUAUCGAUUCAGCGUUGCGUAAAGCGUUUAUCAUGGAUUUAUGAUUUGUAGUCUUCGUAUAUCACCUCAACUACUAUAUGUUACUUCAUAUCGAAAGGGAAAAAAGCUUCCAUUAUCUACUUGUUGUAGCUGAAGCAGUUUAAUAUUAUUUGUUAGUUUGUAAGCUGUUUUACUCCCCGUUACAUCCGUUUCUGUUUUCUUUCUGAUUGUCUUUCUCCUUUUUCCUUUCCCUUCUCUACUCCGUUCUUUCUCCUUCCAUUACCGCUAUCCGUGCCACAGUUAGCUCUAAUUUAUGUGACUUUAUGUAUCUUAAGUUAUAAUGUUUCGUAAACUUUGUAAUUUCGUUGUUCAUCAAUAAACGUACACAAACCAACCAACCAACCUGUACCACAUUCCUUCGCACCAUCCAACCAGCCGUACGGCCUACUCCUUCCCAUCAAUCCUGUCCUAUGCGCUCCCUAAAAUGUCUUCGGGCAGCAGGGACGCCAGAGAUCGAAAGAUGCUCACGCCACAGAAAGCAGGAGGUGGUGGGCAAGGGAGUGGCUGUCUGUGGAAUUUUCAAUUAACCAUUCCACUGGUCGCAAGCUCCUCCAAUCCUCACAAGGAUGCCCCCAAGGGCCUCUUAUUCGCUCCAUUUUUUUCUCUCUCUCUCUCUCUCUAUGGGAAGUUUGGCCUGUUGGAGUGAUUGGAUUGGCUUAAUUUCGUGUGUCCCUUGUCUUGCCUUUUGCGCCUUCCCUUUUGGGCACCAGAUUAGGACGAGCGCAACAAUCAACCGAUCGAACCGGGGUCGCCGGAAUCGCGGCGGAAAUUUUUGUUUGCUCAUCGGGCCCAUCUGCCGCCGCACGCGCUACUGGACCGGACCCCGAUCGAUCGAUCGACCAAUUCUGCUGACAUCCCGAAAUUCUUUCCUCAAUUAUUCAAUUAUCGGCCCUUUGCCGGCCCUGUGCCCUGUAACCGGGAUAGAGCUUCUCCGCCCCACCGGCACCGGUUGCUGUGUUGUUUGUGCCCGUUCUUUUUGGUUUUACGCUUCCAUUCCGCGAGCGAGACUCCAUUAAACCACGCUUUGCGCGCGCCUUUUCCAUCAUCGAUCGGUUCUCCGAGGGGAUAAUCUCGAGCUCAGCUCGAAACGGCACAGCGAAGGUUUCCUUCCCAUAACCCAAGUGCAUUUCGUGCUUAUCCAGCUCAAAAUGGAAGUGAGUGGCUGAAAGAAACGAAGCUAAUUGCUUGCCACAUUUUAUGAACUUUUGAAGGCGAAUUGUGGUGCCCAAAGGUCCCAACAAAACCCGGGACAGACAAACCCGAACCCGGAAAUCCGUUUCCGCGUAGCAAUCGUAGCGUUCCGUGUUGUGCGCCAAAAAUGUCAACGACUGAGACAUCUCUCUCCACCUCCGUUUUGACUUCACCUUCUGGACAGCUUGUUUGUGUUUCAUCCGACCAUCCCAGUCCGGUCAAAGACACUCCUCGGUGUUCAGUUACCUCAGAAAGGCCUUCCAGAAGGGGGGAGAAAAAUCGGCAAAAGGCGGCAACGAUUCAUUUCGCCGAUUGCUAGCCGACCUUCCACCGGACCACUGCCGAGCCCCGCGUUCCGUUGUCUGCAAUAUCGAAAUUGU